AUGGCCGACGCGGCAGUAGCAGAAGGGAUCAACAAUCCAGACAACCUCACCAAGUACAAGACCGCCGCAACCAUCAGCCACAAAGUCCUCGAGGAAGUUUCCAAAUGGCUGGUUGAAGGAGCAAAGAUUAUCGACCUGUGCAUCAAAGGGGACGAACUUCUCGAGGCCGAGCUCAGCAAAGUCUACAAAGGAAAGUCCAUCAACAAAGGAAUUGCAACGCCUUGCACGAUAUCCCCGAGCUCUCAUGUCACGCCCUUCACCCCCCUGGUCUCAGACGCUGAGGACGCCGCCACGACCAUCAAGGCUGGUGAGCUGGUCAAGAUUCAGUUGGGUGCACAGAUUGACGGGUACGGUGCCAUUGUCGGGGACACCGUUGUAGUACCACAAGAGAAAGGGAAAAAGGCAGAGAUCACGGGCCGAGAAGCAGACUUGCUGCUCGCCACAUACUAUGCCAAUGAACUCCUGCUCCGACUCAUGGUACCUCCGGGACUGUUGGCAAGCGGCACUGAGGAAGAGAAGAAGAAGGCUGCCGCCGAAAAGCCGCCCACACAGACCAAGAUCAUCUCGCUGGUUGAGAAGGUCGCAAAGGCAUAUGACGUCCACGUUGUCCAGCACACCACGUCCUGGCUGUUUGAGAAAAAUGAGAUCGAGGGCAAAAAGAAGAUCAUCCUCUCUCCUGCUGAUGGCGCCAAGGGAGAAGGCUCAGCGGACGUCGGCGAGGUGUGGGGGGUCGAGAUGGGCAUGAGUCUGGGAUCGGGCAAGGUCAAGGAGUUGGACAAGCGUUCGACUCUGCUGAGGCGGACCACUACGACCUACGGGUUGAAGCGGCCGAGCUCGAGACAAGUUCUCUCUGAAAUCGUCAAGAAGUUCGGUACUUUCCCUUUCAGUUUGCGGCAAUUGGACGAUGAGCGAGCCGGCAAAGUUGGCGUCGUCGAGUGCAUCAGAUCAGGGGUCCUACGUGAAUACAAGCCAGCUGCAGAGGCGGAUGGUUCUCCGGUCUCGAGACUGUUCACUACUAUUGCAAUCACAAAGAAUGGUCUCACACGCCUAGCAGCUCCGCCUCCGCUGGAUCUGGAAGCCGUCAAGUCCGACAAGAAGAUCGACGAUGAAGAGGUUCUAUCAAUUCUCGAGCGACCGCUCAGCAAAUCCACCGGCUCUAAGAGCAAGAACAAGAAGAAAAAGAAGAAGCCAGUCAAGAAGGCGGCUGCUGCUGCUGCCACUGAGGAAGACGACGAUGAUGAUGACGAGGAUGACAGCGACGAAGAAUGA